AAGGGCCAGGGCACCUGUCUUCAUGGUACAGCCUUCUGUAACCAUGGACUGGAGUUGCUUGGGUUAAAAGCCAAAACCAAACCAAACUUUUCAUGGCUCCUCCUUGGCUCUGGAAACAUCUUCUAUAGCCCUGUUGCUCAAAGUGUGGUCCCCAGACCCACAAGCAGCAUGACCAUUCCCUGGGAGCCUGUUGGAAAAGCAGAAUCUCAGCCCCACCUGCAGAUUUACAGGAUCAGAACCUGCAUUUUAAGAUUGGCAAGUGAUGCACAGGCCCCUGGGGCUUCAGUACUGGUUGCUCCUCACUGGCCAUCCACUCCUUUCGUCUGAAUUCCAGCUCCCGGGGAGUGUGUGCAGGUGGCUAGCUUGAUUUUAGCCGCCCGCCCGUUUUAGUUCCAGCUGGCCUACUCCAGGAAACCUUCCAAACCUUCUGUGCAGCUCUCUGAGACUUCUGUUCCUGAAAUUCGCGCAUCUCUAAGGCUUCGCUUUCAUUCAGCAAACGUUUAUUUUGGGUGCUCGUUGCGUGCCUAGCUGGAGUCAGCGCCGGGGUAGGGAGAAGGCGCUGAGCUCUCCGGGUGCACGUAGGAUCGCCCAGCCUCACGGCACGCAGGGCCAGGGGUUGUGUGCGCAGCACUCGGAGACACAGCCUCACACGGCUCUGCGCGGCUUUUCUGAGAGUUACGGCGCCCUCCUCCCGCCCCCGCGCAGUGCCGGGCGGGGACCCACCGGUUCCGCUCCGCGUUAGCAGGGGCGACAGAAAGACCCCCGGGAGCAGGACCCCAGCGUCCGGCCGCCCAGCCCCGCUCGCGCUUGGGGCCCGCAUGGAGGGGCCGGUGGAGUCCCAGACUCCUGACCUGCGAGACGUGGAGGGCAAGGUGGGCAGGAAGACCCCUGAAGGGCUGCUCCGUGGGCUGCGAGGCGAGUGGGAGCCGGAACCCUCUGGCGCCCUGCUACUCCCGGGGUCGCCCGGAACGGGCCACGGCCUGGGGGACAGGAUCAUGGCGCUGAGGAUGGAGCUGGCUUACCUGCGAGCCGUGGACGUGAAGAUCCUGCAGCAGCUGGUGACCUUGAAUGAGGGCAUCGAGGCAGUGCGCUGGCUGUUGGAGGAGCGGGGGACAUUGACCAGCCAUUGCAGCAGCCUCACCAGCAGCCAAUACAGCCUGACGGGCGGGAGCCCAGGCCGCUCUAGGCGAGGCAGCUGGGACAGCCUGCCGGACCCCAGUUCAGCUGACCGCCUGGAUAGCGUCUCUAUUGGCAGCUUCCUGGACACCGUGGCCCCCAGCGAGCUGGAUGAGCAGGGCCCACCUGGCGCUCCCCACCCGGAGACCAACUGGGCAAAGGCUCUGCCCAGUGGGGAGAGGGCCAGGACGGAGGCGGAGCUGACAGCCAGCAGGCUAGGGAGCUUGAGAUCAGUGUGGAAGCCCCCAGGGGAGGGGCUGCAAGGCGGAACUCCUGAGUCCCCAGAGGAGGAGAGCGCUCAGCUGGGCUUUGAGAGCCACUGGUACUGGGGGCAGUGCCAGGAUGAUGUGACCUUCUUGUAAUGACUUUCCCACUCCUUUGUAUUCCUGUUGCUCUUUUAUCCCUCAGCCCGGUCUCUCGCAAAAUUUACUCUCCCCCAAUCUGGGACUAGGAAGAGGCUGCAUGGACAUCACUAUGGAAACCUAGCUCACCAGCCCUCUGGUCCCUAGGGAGCCUCUGCCUUCAUCUCUCAAUUACUCGGUCCCUAGAGCUAUUUCUAUAGAGACGUUGACUCUGGAGGCCUGGCCCGGAAUUCUGGUGUGAUGGUGUCUUCCCUCUCUACCCCUGACUUGGUAAGGGCUUAAGGAAUUUAGGAGACCACUGAUGAAGAGACAGAGGUGUAAUUACCUUAUCCACAGUCUAGAAGCCUGGGCCCCUGCCUCAUGGCCAAAAGAUUGAGGAGGAACCUGGACUUUCAGGGCCAACCCUCUAUGGCUUGGCCCUCCCAGAAGCCUUUAGGCUGGUAGCCCCACUCUUUCCUACCUGCUGAGUGAUGUCAUUUCCUGCCUGGAUGGACUAGCCUUUCCUCUGUACCAGUCCUUGGCUGGUGAUAGGUCAGUGUUUGAGCCCCUGAUGUCAAGUGGGACCAUAGCACUUCCUGUCCAUACCGUUACUUCUUGUGAGGGAGAAGUCGCAGGAAGGUUCCUCGCUGUGUACUGUUGGUGCUGCUUUUCAGAAGAUUCUUAUUUUUAAAACGGAGUUCUCAUUUUGUCCUUGGGAGGGGUCUCACUUCCUCUGUGGCUGCACCUGCUGGAUGCCUCGCUCAGGUCUCUGUGCUUUUUGGGAGAGAAACUGCCAGAGGCCUUCACCUUUGGCUCUCAGUCUGUCGGGGUCCCUCCCCCACCCCCAGCCCUCCUGGCUGGCCUCCCUGCUGGCUCCAUUCCUGUCUUCCAGCUCCCUUUCUCUUUCCUCUUCAGGCCUUUUAUAUGGAGAUGAGUCCUGACCCCCUCUCCCUAUUGUUGUGGGGAGCCUAGGGGGUGUACAAGAAUCUUGGGUGGGGGCGGGGUGGCAGUGUCACCCCCCCCAUGACUACCCUUCCCCCACCCUAUCCCCAGCCUCCCACCGUUUGUCACAAGGAUGCCUGCCUGAGGUUGGUACACAAGGAAUCUCCUUGUCUGGACCACAAUGUGGGGGUGUGGCAGGGAAAGACAGAGGCUCUUUGGUCCCUGGGCUCUGUCAUGGAGGGGGGAGGGACAGGGGAAAGGCUUCUCACCCUUGUCUCUUAGAGCAAGCCCCUGACUCCUAGACCGUAGGAGGAAGCAGGGGACUGGCUCUGGGCCUGGGUUCCAGGGCUCUAGCAAUAACACCAAAGAAGGCUCUCAGGAAAGCUACCAAGCUCGGGCUCAGGGACUAGAUAGGGGGAGAGUGGGUCAAGGACUGUGACUCCUGUCAGAGUGAACACUUGGGAAUUAACCCUUUGAACCCUGGGUAACUGCUCCAAUGUUGGGCCCUGUGAUUAGAUCAUUGGAGGGAAAAAAGGAAGGAAGAUUAUGCUCUUGGGCUGUUCACAGUGCCCUCUUGAGUUGGUAGAGUCUCCCCCAGAUUCUGGAGUAACUUUGCUCUUUCUCCGCUUUCCACUUUGUGCUGGGGAGGGGAAGGGCAGGGAGCCAAGGUGACCAUGUCUGCAUACCCUAACUCCUCAAGUCUUGAUUUGCGCCUCCCGCCUCGAGGCUCCUGGAGCAAUACCUUUAGUAGGUGGCUGUCCCUGAGACCUCUCUCCUCCUCCCAGCCCCUCAAAGUGUUGGAAAAACAUCCUCAGCCUCUGCUGUCCACCACUCCUCACCAGCCUGGGGCUCCUGACUUCUGUUGAGGGGAGGAAUUUGAAUUUCCUAUUCCAAAUCCCUAUUCUGUAGCCAUUUGGUAGUGUGCCCUUAGGUAGGGGCCCUUCUUGGAAGCCAUUGUAUUUAUUCCUUUUGGAGGAUCGCUGGUUCAGGUAGUGUCAAACUUCUGAAACGAAGAUGUGGUCUGCCCCCUUGUGGUCAUGACAUGCCAUUGCCAGGGUUGCUGGGUGGAACCUCCAAGUUCAAAUUUAAAAAUACAGCCUUCUAGAAGAUCAGUCUCCUCAGUACUCAGAGAAAUUAGAGAAUCAGACCUAGAGAGGGCAUGGACUUGGGCAGUGUCAUACACUGUAAGUCUGGAGAGAACCUGGAUCGAAUGCCCAUAGCUCCACACUUGGCCGGGCUGUUACCACCACUGAAGCCCAAAGGGACUGAAAGCAAUUUUCCCUGCUGGAAUGGUUGAGUCCCCAUCCCACCCAGGAGAGGUACCUCAUCUUUAGAGAGAGAGCGGCAGGCUCUGAGGUAAGAGAAUUGGGCCUGGACUGGGUGGAGGGUCGACUAGUCUGGGCCUUGUGUGAUAAAAAUCCAUCCCAGACUCAACUCUUUUUUUUUUUUUUUUUUUUUUCUGGGAAGGACCAAGUAGCUCCAGACAUGGAGGCAGAGCUCUGCAUUUCAGACCUGGAGGUGAGAAGAGGGGGCUCCGUGAGCCUAAGCGGAGCUUGCAGAGGCGGGGUUCCAUGGUCAGGGAAUUACAGGUCAACGGGUAGGCACCCGAGAGUGUUGGUGCCAGAGAGGUGGACAGGAGGGUCUACCCUGGUGCUGCAUCCUGUCUGAUUACCUUACACUCCAGUUCACUACCAAAGCAGCCCUGGAGCCCCAGUGAACACACAUCCCUGGGCCCUCCUGCCUGCCUUGGGAUUGACUGGUUGAGGCUCUGGGUUAUGGGGAGAAGGGAAGGACAGGCAGAGAGAUGGGAAGCUGAGAUGAAAAUGGUGUUGAAAGUAUGACUGGGAGAGCCUGCCGCCACCCACUUGUGCUGGGGCCUCUGUCAGGGCUCGGGGGGUCAAAGCAGAGAUGAGACUGCUCGUAGUGGCUGCAAAACAGUGCCUGGGAGGAUUCGGGACAGUGCUGGCCUGGGUGGGUCCAUCCAGGGGACAUGAGACCCUGUGGGUGGGCGAGUGUAACAGGUGCCUGCAUCUGGGACGGGGCUGACCGGAAGCUCAGAUUCCAUCUUAGUAGGAAGCGUUCGGGGUUGUAGUGGACUGAAGCUCAUUGCGGUGCCAGGCACACACUGGGUGUUCAGCUAUACCUCUUCAAUGAAUGGAAAAAUGCAUGUGUGAAAACCCACAGGGACAUGUGACUUAGUAAAAGGAAAAAAGAAAAGUUCAUCAUUUAUAAGCCAUGUGAUGUAAAGCCUUCUCCUUAAUUCUUAGCAUCCAUAUAAGCACAUUGUUACCUGGGUUGUUCCUUAGAAAUGUGCUCAAGGUCAGAAGGAUAAGAAGUGAGCCUACUGUGAACCUGGAGCAGGAACCCUCCCCACGAGGCAGACCCCACCCCCCUAGAGCACAGGGCCAGUGUACUUGUUUCAUCCCAAAUUCAAUGGCUUAAAAACCAAACUUCCUUCUUACAGUUCCAGAAGUCCAAGAUCUGCAAUCGGUGUCACUGGGCCGAUGUCAAGGCUGACAGGCCCUGGGGCGGAGUCUGUUUCCUCGCCUUCUCCAGCCUCUAAAGGCUGCUGCAUUUCUCAGUGCGCGGCUUCUUCCUCCAUCUCCAAAGCCAGCAGCACAGCAUCUUCUGCCUUCUCUGCCCUCUGCCUCCCUCCCCCUCUCUGAUUCUACACCAGAGUUACGUUGUGAUUUCCAGUGCUGCCCCUGCGUUGCCCUCACAGGGAUAAUCCAGGCUCCUCCAUCUCAGGAUCCGUGGUUUAAGUACAUCUUCAAAGUCCCCUUUUCCUCGUAGUCGCAGGUCCUGGGGACUGGGGGGUGGACAUCUUCUGGGGAGGGGCUGCUAUUCAGCCUGCCACAGGACAGGAGGACGCACCCAGCUGUCUGCACACAGGUGGACCUGUGUGCUUUAUCCAGACUUCGUCAGCCUGACGUGAGGGGUGGUGCUGAGCGGGGAAGCGGCAGGUCCAGCCCCUCUAUCUGGAGGAUGGCAAAUGCCUCCUGUACCCAGGAGAAAGUCUCCGUGUAGGAGCUAUGUAAGACUCUCCUGAUGGCCUGGUGGAGGGAGGGUUCCAGCAGACUUGGUGUUCUCCAGAACCGUCCUGUGCUCCUCUUCCUGCAAGAGAUAGGUUAGUUGCCUCCAUUUAAGCCUUUUAUUUAUUUUAUUCCUUAGGAGGUAAACCGUGUUCCUCAGAGGGUGGUGAAUUCCAUCACAGCUGAUGCUAGGCCUCUUGUUUUAUUUUUGUCUUUUGAUCCCUGAUCCCUGUUCUCAUUCCUCUCCCUGACAUGGGCAUACACGCAAAUGUGUCAGUAUAUGUUUGGACGUCCAUGUGUAUUUGAGAAAAUAUAUAAUUAUGUGUUGUGUGCUUAUAUAUAAUAUAUAUGAUAUAUGCUAUACUUUUACAGAAAUCUAACUUCCAUAAUGAAUUGCCCCUGUAUUUUAGUGAUUUAACACAAUAAAGAUUUAUUUUUCACUUAUUCCACACAGUGCAGGUAUUCUUGGUUGGACAGCUCUCCUCUGCUGUCCACUUCAGGUCCUGCCCCCUUUUGUUUUCAGAUGGUGGUACCCUGAUGCUGGCAGGCAUUCUAAGAUUCCCUGUCAACUUUUCACCAAGUUAUUUUACCACCCAUUGAUGAUUUACAAAUUGGUCUUUUCACUGGGAAUUACAAAAUGUUGAUUUUUUUUUUUUUUUUUGGUAAGACUUAUUUGUUUAUUUGAAAAUCAGAGUCACAAAAACGGAGGGAGAGAGAGACUCUUCCAUCCACGGGUACACUCUCCAGAUAGCCACAGCAGCCAGGGCUGGGCUGGGCCAAAGCCAGGAGCUAGGAGCUCCAUCCAGGUCUCCCACCUGGGUAGCAGGGUCCCAAGUUUUUGGGCCACCUCCGCUGCUUUUCCCAGAACAUUAGCAGGGAGCUGGAUUGGAAGUGGGAGGAGCCGGGACUCGAACCAGCACUCAUAUGGGAUGUUGGCGUUGCAGGUAGUGGCUUUACCCACUGUGCCUUUGCCAGCCUCAAAAUGGUGAUUUGCUAAUUCUACUAUUUCUUCUACAUUUACUGGCUCUAAUUCUAUACAGAAAAACUUUUUCACAUCUUCCAGGAAUAUUUGAAGUAAAGUUCAUACAGGAAUGGUCAGAUAAAUGCUAAAUCUCUUCUCUUAAUUUCAAAGUUGGUGUCCUAGCAACUGCUAAUGGUGUUCGGCGAUUUGGUCCACUCUUUUUUUUUUUUUUUUCCCCAAAGAAACUUUUUGUUCUACUCUCUUUAAAAUUGCUAUCAAUCUGUAGGUCUUACAUAUUUAAUGUAUUUUAUUCAUUUACAAUUAUCUUUCAUUUUUAAAAAGUUGUAUUUAUUCAUUUAUAUAUUUGAAAGGCAGAAGGAGAGAGAGAGAGAGAGACUCUUUCAUUUGCUGGUUUACUCCCAAAAUGCCCCCAACAGCCAGGCCAAAGUUAGGAGCCAGGAACUCUAUCUGGGUCUCCACGUGAAUGGAAGGAACCCAAGUACUUGAGCCAUCAUCUACUGCCCCAGGUGCAUUAGCAGGAAACUGGAUUGGAAACAGAGGUGGGACUCAAACCAGGCACUCCAUUGUGAGAUGUGGGUACCCCAAGUGGAGUUUAACCCACUGUGCCAUAACACCUGCCCCUAUCUUUGGUUUUGUAUUGUAGAAAAUAUCAAACAUAUACCAAAGGAGAGGGAAAUAGUGCAAUAAAUUCCCAUGUAUCUGUAUCUCAACUUCAAUAAUUAUCAACUCGUGGCUAAUUGUUUUAUUGUUUUCCCUCAACUAUUCUCCUCAACCAAGAUGAUUUUGAAACAAAAUCAAAAUAUCAUACCAAUUCAUCUAUAAAUGUUCUGGUAUUUCUUUUUUCUUUUUUUUUUUUUUUAAAGAUUUAUUUAUUUAUUUGAAAGGUAGAGUUACAGAGGGAAAGAGAAAGUCUU